CAAGAAUUGCAAAAAAAUUGCAAUAGGCAAUAUUUUGGAAAGGAAAUAAAAUUAUGUUUUAUGCUGCAUGAAACAACUGUAGUUUAUCUGUUUGGUUUUUAAUUAAAAUAAUUGUUUUCCAGAAUUUCAUAAUUGUAGUUGAAAGCACGAAGAUGCAGAUUGUCGGAUCGCUAUGUAACAGAGAUCAAGGGACUGGGUUGAUUAUUCAGGAUGAGAAUGAGGAUGAGGACCACGAACCACACAUGAACCAACGUAUCAUGCGUCUGAAUGUAUGACAAAGGUCGGAAGUAUAGGAUGUUUGAGUCACCUGAUGAGGAUGACGGACUCAUUUCCUUCAAGGAGGGUGCUCAUCAGCGACCUUUGUUGGAUGGAUGGAGUAACUAGAGCACUGGAACCUUUCGGAUUCAGCUGUGGAUGGAUGUCAGCAUUCUUGACCUGAGAUUCCUGGAAACGGAUUGGUUACAAUGGCAUGUCAGCACGACGUCCUCAAUCGUGAGUGGGCCAAGGAAGGAGAACAUAUUCUGUUUCGGAAGAAAGGAACUUUGGAAGAUAAAAAAUCAAAAUAUCUUAUCUGAAGAGAUGUACUUUUUUAUCAAAGCAAGAAUCAGUUUGAUUUAAUUAUCUUGGUUCCAUGUCUUGUAACAUUUGUUCGGGAGCUAAAAAAUAAUUCAGCCACAAAUAGACGGUAGACAAACAAUGUACAAAAAAGUGAUUUGUAUUGAAGGGAUGAUAAAAAUAAAUAAACAUUCUUUGAUAUAAUGGGAAAUUUGUGUUUUGUUUGAAACAGGAAAUAAAGUUUUGUUUUUAUUUUACUUUUCUUAUCAGUUACUGACUGUCAGUAAACAUUUUCCUCAGUAUGAACCACUUGAAUAUAAGCAGGUUGAAACAGAGUAUCAACUACCAGUCGUUUGUCAAUCGGUAGAGUUGUAAUACAUUUCAAAAGAUGCAGUUCUACACGGUGUUUCUUGUGUUCGGUAUUGCUGUGGUAUCAGCAGCAGGAAGUGACGUACAAGAAUUGCCAAUCACGGUGCUCGAAAACCUUCACCAGCAGUGGCAACCUCUAGUAGAGGAAUCAAACAAUCUUUCAACGGAUGGAUACUUGCCUUACCCGGGACAAUUCCCGUACCAUGCUCAAUUGUUUAUUAAUAAUGAUGAUCAUGCUAGUACUACCAUUUCUUCUGGAUCACUCAUCACACCGAAUUACAUCCUUACGCGAGCAGAUGCUUUGCGCUCUAAUAUAGCGUUUGGUAAUAUGCAUGGAUAUGCAGUGCUGGGUGUCGACAGAGGUAACCCAGAACCGGAGCAGCGAAUCAACUUCAAUGAAAGUGGUACACAGCUUCAUCCAUCGUACAGUAUUGCUACGGUUCGUCUGGAACAUCCGGUUACCUUUACCACGUUUGUGCGGCCAAUACGCUUGCCCAGAUUAUCCGAUUCCCGCACGUACGAGAUGAUGGAGGGCACAAAUGUUGGAAGGUCUUUUGAUGGAACGGCGAGAUAUUUGCGCAAUCAGGUGAUGUCGAACGAUGACUGUAGUGAACAACAUCCUUAUGCAGUUGCUUAUUGGUUUUAUAUUUGUACGAAUGCAUACGUUGGAGGUGCGUUGUGUACUAGAACUCAUGGUUCUGGGUUGAUUGUGGAGGAUGAGAAAGGCCCCAUACUCGUUGGAAUAACAAAUGUAAUUUACUCGUGCUCUUUAAACUAUCCAAUUCUUUACAUACGCGUUUCCGAAUUUCGCGACUGGAUUAGUAUGAACUCCAAUUAUGUGUUUGAUGCCUAAUUAUGCUUUUAUUUUUGAUUUUCCCUUGCAAAAUAUUGUCAUUUACACGAGUUGGUAGACAUAAUUUUCUUCACUGUGUUAAUGAUAGAGAGCAUAAAAGAAUAAAAAAAAAAUCAGAAUAUCCAAUUACUGCAAACAAUAUACAAAACAUUCUCCAUUUAUUUUUCUAUUAUUCAUUUGCAUGCACUUAACAUGGAAUGAAAAGUGAAAUGAUCCUCGUGAAAAGAAAUCGUUGAAAGAUCAUUAAACCCUU